AUGUCAAACCCUAGUCAAGAACAGACUGAACAAGCCAUCGAGGAAUCAAUCCUCAAUACAAUCAGUUCACCAUCUACCGAGAGAGCUCAACCAGGUGCAGUGCUAUUAUCACCUCAAGCUAAAUCCAAAAUUCUUUCACCUGAACCAUUCAAACCUGGUUUUGGACAAUCAAAUACUAUAACAUCACCAGGUACAAAUUCAUCUAUGGCAUUAUUAUCACCCCCAGCAUCUCGUUAUGCAUUUGAACCACAAGAUACCAUGUCACCAUUAUUAAACCCUCAACCAAAUUUUGGGAAUGUUAGACCUUUAAGUGCUCAAGAUUUUAGUUAUAAUAAUGAUGCAUUCUUGAAUAAUCGUCCAUUAAGUGCACAGGGUUUCAAUUCAUCAAAUCAUCCACUAAAUGUCCCAGAGAGACCUUUAAGUUCUAUGGAAAUUGAUUCAAUCACUUUCAAAAAUGAUGUUGCAAAUUUGAUUAGUUGGAUUAAUACAUUAAAUUCAAAUCAAUAUAGAACUGUUAUUGAUAAUUUAAUCCCUACAUUACCUGAUGAUAUUUUAUCAUAUACUAAAACUAAAAUUGAUGAAGCACAAAAUCAAAGAUAUGUUAGCUCUCCAACUCAAUCAUCAUUUUUGUUUCAAUCUUCAAAUCAAGAACCAUUAACUUUAGAUGCUGUUUUAAAUAGUGGUUCAAAUCAACAACCAACUUUAAGUCAACCUCAACCACAAUCUGCUUCACAACCAUGGUCACCAAACCAAGGUCCAAACAUUCAAAGAGCAUUUUCACCAAAUUUCACUUCAACAUUUGAUAGAACUUAUUUGAAUGAUUUAAGUAAUAAUAGACCAAGAUCUGCUGAUCCUUAUAGUUCCAAAAUUUUCAAUAGAAAUAAUAAUAUUCAAAAUUUAUCAGGUUUAGGAAAUGAUUGGGAAACAACAAAUACACCAUCAAAGAGCAGGACCUCUAGAUUUGAUUUAGAUGAACCUAAUCCAUCAUCACAAGAAUCAUCUAAUUCUCAACAUCAUCAAAAUCAAAAUCAAAAUCAACAACAAGGUGCAUUUGAUAUCACCAAUUUAGCACAACAAUUAACUCAAACACCAAUCAAAUAUAAUGAUUAUAAUAAUAGUAAUGCAUUAAAAUUAUCUGCAUUAUCCACAAUUAAUAGUCGAGCACAAUUAGAUUCUAAUAAAAAAAGAUUAAAUACACCAGGUUCAUUACCACAACAAGGUCAAACAUCCACAGGACAAGAUGAAAGAGGAAGAUCUAUAAAUAAUGGUAAUGGAUUUCAAACUGUUGCAGGACAAAGAUUUUUCAAUCAACAUCAAGAUGAAAAUUAUCAAAAUAGAAAUUCAAUGUCUGUACCUCCACCACAACGUAAUAUAAACUAUUAUGAUAAUGUUACAAUGUCACCUUCUGUUAAUAGGGUCUUAAAUAAACAAAGGUCACAAACUAGAAUGAAUCAUCAAGGUUUUAAUCAAGGUGAUGAUGGAUUAUCAAGAAUUGCAAGUUUAAAUAAUGCUACUAAGAAUUUAUCAUUGAAUGAUAAUCAUAAUCUUGGUGGUUCACAAUCUGAAUUUUCAACACCAUAUAAACAAAUUCCAAAAGAUCAACAACAAACACCAAGAUCACCUGCAAUAAACCCAAAACAAAUCACAAGUAUUAAAUUAUUAGCUGAUGUUCCAGCUUGGUUAAAAGCUCUUAGAUUACAUAAAUAUACACCAGCUUUACAAUCGAUCCAUUGGAAAGAGUUGAUUUAUCUUGAUGAUAAAGAAUUAGAAGCAAAAGGUGUUUCAGCAAUGGGAGCAAGAGGGAAAUUAUUAAAAGCUUUUGAAAUUGUUAAAAAUUCAUAUGAAAAAGGUGAGAUUAAAGAAUAG